AUGAAUGAUGGUCUCACAAGUCCAUUGGCUAGUCUAUCGGUAAUAAAUGCGAUUGUUUUUGGUGUAUACGGUAAUACGGUAAGACUAUUCGAGGAUAAAAAUAGUGUUUUAACGCAUUUUAUCGCUGGCUCUGCGUCUGGUCUCGCGCAGACGUUGAUCGCAACCCCGACUGAAAUGCUCAAAUUGCGUAUGCAAAUUCAGAGCGAUACUUCCACAAAACUUUAUCGAUCUCCUUACGACUGUUUUCGGAAACUGUUGAAGCAAAAAGGAAUCAGAUAUUUGUUCAGGGGUUCAAUAGCGACACAAUUACGUGAUGCACCUGCAUUUGGUAUUUAUUUCGCAUCAUACGAAUGGUUGACAAGGCGUUUCAGCAGAGAUGGCAAUCAACAGAAUAUUUCCAAUAUUAAUUUACUUAUCGCUGGAGUUGAUCAAUUUCUGAAUUGCAGAGCAUUCCCAAGCAACGCGGUCACGUUUUUCGCAGUUGAAUGGACGUACCGUUUGAUGCUUGAUCUGCAAGAGUUUCAUGAGAAGCGUUUAAAAAAACCGCAACAACAACCAAACAGGUUCGUGGCAUCGAAAUUCGACCGUGACCUCAUCAUUUUGAACUGA